UUCAAGCCCAGGAUGAGAAACAGCAAGCAAAAUCAAACUAUGUUUCUCCAUCCAUCCUGCAGCGACAAAAAUAUAUCCCACCAGCUUCAAAAUCCCAAAGAGUGACAAUCAUUCCACCUUUUCAAAACACACUGAAAGUAAAGGCUGGCAACCCUUCUCACAAUGGCCGUGUGUGCAGCACAUGGGGUAACUUCCACUUCAAGACCUUUGAUGGGGACAUUUUUUACUUUCCGGGAGUCUGCAAUUACAUCUUUGCGUCCAACUGCAAAUCUCCGUAUGAGGACUUCAACAUCCAGAUUAGGCGGACAGCUGUGGAAAAUGCUACCAUGAUCACUCACGUCAUCAUGAAGCUGGAAGGAGCAGUGAUUGAACUAAGCCGUGGCUCUGUUCUGCUUGAUGGCAAAUCGGUUCAGAUGCCCUACAGCCAUAUGGGAGUCUUCAUAGAGAGAAGUAACAGCUAUUUGAAAGUUUCUGCCAAGUUAGGACUGACAUGCCUCUGGAAUGAAGAGGAUGCCCUCCUGGUGGAACUAGAUAAGAAAUAUGCUAAUCAAACUUGUGGACUUUGUGGGGACUUCAAUGGAAUUCCAAUUAGCAAUGAAUUUCUUUCAGAGAAUACAAAACUGACUCCCAUACAGUUUGGAAAUAGGCAGAAGAUGGAUGGACCUACAGAGCAGUGUGCUGAUCUUAUUCCUUCUGCUGCUGUGGUGAACUGCUCAGCUGAAUUUGCUUCUAUUUGUGAGACAGUAUUAACCAGUAAAGCAUUUGCAAGCUGUAAUGCACUUGUGAAUGUUCAGGACUACAUUGAAACUUGCAUACAAGACCUAUGUCACUGUGACAGCUCUAUGGCAGACUUCUGCAUGUGCAACACCUUUGCUGAAUACUCCCGACAGUGUGCCCAUGCAGGUGGACAGCCUCUGAACUGGAGAACCGCAGAACUGUGUC